AUGCAAACCAACACGCACAACAAGGCGUCUCGAGGCCAUCUGGAAGUGAUGAGCGAGGCACAGCUGGUCUCCAGCGAACGUUCUCAGAGUCCGGGACCCCUCAUCCUCAAGAUCAGACAAUUCGACUACAAGGAGAUGCUCCACAAUUCCACCUUCUGCUUGGUGCCCCGGGGCAGACGGUUGGGCUCCUUUCGCUUCCUGGAAGCGCUGCAGGCUGCAUGUGUGCCGGUGAUGCUGAGCAACGGCUGGGAGCUGCCUUUUUCAGAGAUCAUCGACUGGAACACUGCCGCAGUCAUCGGCGACGAGAGGCUCCUGCUGCAGAUUCCUACCACCGUGCGCUCCAUCCACCAGGAUAAGAUCCUGUCCCUCAGACAGCAGACUCAGUUCCUCUGGGAGGCGUACUUCUCCUCUGUGGAGAAGAUAGUGCUGACCACACUGGAGAUAAUCCAGGACCGAGUGCUGGAGGACGGCUCCAGGAGCAGCCUGAUGUGGAACAGUCACCCUGGAGGCCUGUUUGCCUUGCCGCAGUAUUCGGGCUACUUGGGAGAUUUCCCGUUCUACUACGCCACAUUGGGUAUUAAACCGUACCCUAAGUUCACUGCAGUCAUCCACGCCGUCUCCCCGCUGGUGUCCCAGUCCCAACCCAUACUGAAGCUGCUGGUAGCUGUGGCCAAAUCCCAGUACUGUGCACAGAUUAUCGUCCUGUGGAACUGCGACAAGCCUCUCCCCGCCAAACACCGCUGGCCCGCCACCUCCGUACCCGUCAUCGUCAUCGAGGGGGAAAACAAGGUCAUGAGCAGCCGCUUCCUGCCCUAUGAGACCAUUGUGACCGAUGCUGUCCUCAGCCUGGACGAAGACACUGUGCUGUCCACCACAGAGGUGGACUUUGCUUUCACCGUCUGGAUGAGUUUUCCGGAGCGGAUCGUGGGUUACCCGGCCCGCAGCCACUUCUGGGACAGCAACAAGGAGCGCUGGGGCUACACCUCCAAAUGGACCAAUGAUUACUCCAUGGUUCUGACCGGUGCCGCCAUGUUCCACAGGUACUAUCACUACCUGUACACCCACUACCUGCCCACCAGCCUGAAGAACAUGGUGGACCAGCUGGCCAACUGUGAGGACAUCCUCAUGAACUUCCUGGUUUCUGCCGUCACCAAGCUGCCGCCUAUUAAGAUCACACAGAAGAAGCAGUACAAGGAGACCAUGAUGGGCCAGUCAUCGAGGGCGUCCCGCUGGGCCGACCCAGACCAUUUCGCCCAGCGGCAGACCUGCAUGAACAAGUUCGCCAGCUGGUUUGGCGGCAUGCCGCUGGUCCACUCCCAGAUGAGGCUGGACCCUGUGCUCUUCAAGGACCAGGUCUCCAUCCUGCGCAAAAAAUACAGGGACAUCGAGAGGCUCUGACAGGACCGCCGCCCCCUCGGGGGAGACUCCACACAGGGGGAGGCGCGCGACAGAGACUCCGUAGAGAGUCGGAGGAGCAUCCGAACUACGGCGGGAUGGACGGGGUGAGACGUCGCCCUGUCAUCCACUCAGCACAUUGCCAAUGACCACAGCGCUGCUGCUGCAUCCUGGACCUGAUCCAGGUGGAACAAACAGAUGGACGUAAAAACAAAGGAAACAGAGACUGUAUGUUUCAAACACGGCGAGCACUACUGACGACAGAAACUGUUGGAGAGAAUAUUUUUUGUACAAGGAUUCCGGCAUCAAAGGGAGCCUUCCCAGCAUUCUCUGCACACAUGCAGGACGGUAGAGGGGAAGGCGUUUGUGAUGGCUGACCGACACAAAUCCCAGCGCUCGUCCCUCCCUCAUCCGCAUCAGGACUGAAACUGGAGCCGCCGCAGAGAUCCAGCUUUUAUAUGUGUGAGGCCUGCUGGCACAAAGUGUUUUUGUUUUCAUCGACAUCUAUCCGGUCCCCGGCUCAUUCCUCCACCGUGUUUCCUAUCAGCCUUUUAUCUCUGUGGUGGGCGAGGAGAACUCCUCGUUUCAUGACCCAUUUUUCUCUUAUUCUCACUCCUCUGUGUCCAGAGUCCUGGAAAGUCGGCUCAUCCAACCAAAAGCUUGAAGCAGAGAAAAAAAAAAAUCCCUGGAAUAAGUAAGAUGAACAUUUCUGGAUUAAACGGAGCAGAACUGUGCGUUCAAACACAAACCUUUUCUUUCUGCAUGGUCUCUGAACAGAUUCCCUCCCCUGCAGCUCGUUUUAGUGACCGCCACCUGUUCUUUUUUUAGCGGUGCUUGUUCAGAGCACAUCAGUGCCAUUCUGACCUCGGAGGGCUGCCUUCGUCGUCGCUUACUGCACAUCAACGCUGCCUAAACACCUUUUUUUUUUUUUUAUUUACGCGUCGCUGCCAUUUUUUCUUUUUAUUUUUUCCCCUUGACAUAUCAGAGGACCUCAGAGCCAUUAAAUCGACAGAGAGGAUUUCUCCUCCAUUUGUCAGGCUUCAAUUAAGCAUUUCAUUUAGAAAGCCAUUUUCAUUCCCAGAGGACAGAGCGGCGAUGAAGCGUCAUAGAUUAUGGAGCGUCAUGUUUGUAGAAAACGUCGACUUGCGACAUUCACCUGCCUGUAACAGAGUGGCUUUAAAUCUGCAAUGAAUCAAGAUGGCUGCAUGCUUUUAGUGGCCUUUUUUAGUCACCGUUUCCUCUGCUUUCAUCACUCAAUUAUCAGCCGGACUCUUCGUUUUUAUUUAGUUGAUGCAAAAUAUAACAAAGCCUUUUUACACAUCCUAACAUAUCACUGCUCUCUCCUUCACUUCAUUUUGUAUUUUUUUUUUUUAUCAUCUGUUUAAUGUAAAGUGUUCAGCCAUUACAGAGAAUGUGAAACUCCUCAUUUAGGCCAGAUUUAGUCUUUGCCGCUCAUCCGAAUCCCCAACAUGCAGCACCCUGGAAAACCACACUAACACUUUAAACCACAAACUUUGAUGCACUUUAAAGUGGAAGAGAAAUGUCAUUGUUUACAAAUGAUCUGAAAUGUGUGGCAUGUGUUUUUGUAUCCAGCUUCCUUAAGUCAAAGCUUUGAAGACCCCCUUCUUGCUGUUUUAACUGAUGAAAGUCUGGAAUAUUUAUACCAGUUUGUCCACCUUUCCUGUCAGCGCUGAACAAACACAGCAUAAUGCUGCCACCACCAUGUUUAGCACUUGGCUUUUUCUAAUAAUCACCGGACUUCUGAAGGCACCUUUCUUUAGCAUUGACAGAGGGCUUAAUAAACAUGCAGGCCACAAUUUUCAGAUUAUUUGACAAAAAACUCCUCACUUUCCUUCCAUUCCACAUUAGACUAUUUGUGUUGGUCUCCUAUCACAUAUUAAAGUUUGUGGUUGCAAUGUGAAAAAAGAGGGGGUGUCAAUACUUUUGUCAUGUGCUGCAUGUAAUGUAAGAACAUUAAUCCUGCAUCUCUGAGGGGAGCUGGUGAUGUUUACUCAGCCCGUUUCCUCCUUGCUGUGCACAUCAGCCCACACAGAUGUCGAUGCACGGUUGAUUCUGUCCCCCCCUGCAUCGGUUUUCCCUGGGAAACAUCCAUCUCACUCUGAAACCUCCCCCUGCAGCAGAGGGAGAGACGGGACGGUUCCAGCAUGGCUGCUGCAGCUUUAAUCUCCUAUAAAGAUGGCAUGCUGAUGAUUGGAUCAGGCCCCACCGUCUCGCAUCUCAGUGGGAGUUGAAUUACAAAGUCCCAGAGAAGACUCAGACAGCUGGAUCAUCCUCUGAACCAGAUGGAGACUUUUCAUCCCCUCCUCGCACGUUACAGUAAUGGUCUGUUAAAAGUUCCAGAAACUUUUCUGUUCCCGAUCUGAUUCAGAGUGUGAUGGAGAAAACUGAGGGAAAACUUUUGCGUCGUUUACAGAGAAAAGUUUAUCUAAAAUGUUUUCAGAGGUGGACUCUGGUCCUAAUUUGUGCCUUUUAUCAACAGCUGAGUUCUGCUGGGAAAUAACCGGCAUCAUUUCCAGAAUCCCAACAUUUAUACACUAAAGGAGUCGCAGCUUUCUCUCAACAUCCCCCGUGUUUUUGGACACUGUUACCGUGGUGACGUUGAUCUGUGAGGGACUCGGGGAAGCCUGGCUGUCCUGAUGCCUUUCCUCCCUCCUACCCUGUAACUAAGAGACUUUUAUAGAGGCCACAAAUUAAAUAGAUAAAUGACAAUUUUGUAAGAAUGAUUUAUAAAAAAAAAUAAACUCAUAUUUGAUUAUAUCAGUGUGUGUGC